ACGGAAAACGAGCCAGCAGCAGAAAAGUGUUGUCUUUGACAACCGCUCGUUGAAAGAAGCGCCAAAUUGAAAUUAUUUCAUUUUUUGUUAUUUACGAGAAACAACUGGGAGAAUGAACAUCACUGAAAAAUUCUUUUGGAGGCUCAGAUCUUUAGCUGUGACUCUAGAAACUGAAACAGAAAAGAUAAAGAAUGCUUAUCAGAACAGUGAUGAUGAUGAUGAUGAUCACUGUGAAGCUGGCGCAUCGCAAACUCUUUUUGAAUUGCAUUCAGAAGUACAAGGUUUAAAGGAAGAGGUUCAACAACAGAUUGCUGCUAAUAAGUCAACAGAAAAUCAAAUAAGUGAAUUACUCCGAUCACACUGCAUAUUAAAGCAAAGAAUCACAGCAGAUCUUGAAAGAAUAAAAGAGGAAUUCCAGAAAUAUGGUUAUAAGCCACUAACUACUCAAAACAAAGAGGAGAACAAGGCAUUAGCAUUGUCUUGUACUAACAGUGAAAAAUAUGUGCAUCGAGAAGAGAAUGAAAAUAUGAAGACCAGAGUGAACACCAACUCCUGUUCAGAAUCCCCUACUAAUGAUGUACCCACUCAACAAAUGUCCAGAGAUACUGAUGUUUUGCGCACACCUCGACUUUCUGCAUUUGGCCUUUCACAAUACUGCUUCUGUAAACCUUUCAACCCAUCAGAUAUGAAGAAAGAACAAGUAACUGUAACAUCUGAAACUAUAAUCCAAGAAAAAAUAACUUCUGAUAGUCUUUGUAAUAAAGCAUUGCCAAACGUGGUGAGAACGCCAAAGCUUGCAUUGAAUCUUGAUGCUGACGCUGUUACACCACCCUUAAGAGAUUUUGGUAUUGGAGAGUAUUCUAUAUGUGAUAAUGAUGAUUUUACAAUUGCCCUGAUGAAGAAGAAUAAGUACAUCAAACCUAAAAGGACAAAUGAAGAUUUUGAAAGUAUAGAGGCAGCUGGAACUUGUGAGGCUGGUACAUCAGCUGGUGUGAUAAAUUCCCCUCUGCUACCUGUGUUCCAAACUCCUGGAUUUAAAAUUGCUUCACAAAAAAGUCCUGAAAAAUUAAGCCCUGAAAAGAAAGCCAGUUCAACACCAGAGAUCCCAGCCUUUGAAACUCCAUAUUUCAAGAAACUAAUCCAUGAAAAGGAAACGGAACAAAUAUCCGAUAAUCUAAAUUCGAAUGAAAAACCUCAAAGAGUGCCAUCUCCACCAGUACUAGAGUCCAAGAAAUAUGAAUGUACUGAAAUCUCCAAGGAUCCUCCAGUGCUUUCUUUUAAUGCAUUUCAAACAAACGCAGCCAACCAUCUCAGUUUAAAGGAACCUGACCUACCAGUCCUCACUUCUCAGUUGUCAAAAGUAGAAGACAUCCAACUGAUAAGCCCUCCAAAGCGUAGUAUUUUUGCGCUUGAGAUGAAAACCCCAGAGAGGCCAAAUUUUUCUCUUCAUUCAUGUGCACUGAUGGGGAUUCAUAACCAAGGUUUGGAAUAUGAAAAGCUGUCUGUCAUUCCAACAAAGCCUAGCUUUACUUCAGACAUGUCCAAAAAAGAAAAGGAAAACAGAGGUCCUCUAAAGAUGGCCAUGAUUUCUGAAAAGGAGUAUCUUGCAUUACCCAAUCAUCUGAGACAAGUCUCACUUGAAGAAUUAAACAGAUUAAUUCAGAAGUUUAAUGCAGUACUCAAGGAAAAAUAUAAAGGAAAUGACUCAAACUGCCCGGUGCCUAAUUUUAAUGAGAAGGAGUUGCAAGACAUAACGGGGACAGGCGCCAAAGUUAAAAUGUACCUUUUCUGUCUGACUGAACUGAACAGGCUUAGUGAAAACUGGACUCCUACCUAUGGCAGCAUGUACAGUCUAGUUCUGAAGUGAGCAGUUCUCGAGUGCUUCAUUAUGGAUCCAGUUUUGUUUGUUUCCACAAUUCUGUUAUGCCUACUUCUUUUAAUGUCCAAAGAUUUACUAUAACUUUAAAACAAGUUUCUUUUGAAGACUUUUCUUAAAAUCGACUUAUUUGAUGUAUAAGCAGAAGUGAAAGGCUGCAGUGGAUGUGCCGUUUCAUAGAGGAGGGACAAGUGGUAUUACAAAUCUGAGCGUGUGUCAAAGGCAGUGGCUGGACGAUAUGAGAAUGGGCUUUUGUCUCAAUGGCAGACCCCGAGUUAAAGGACUGGACUUAUGACCCACAACUCUGCAUGUACAGUGCUGCUCUAGAAUUACUUGACUUUAUGUACUUUUGUUUUGCUUCUUUUCAGUUUUCAAUGUUGGGUUGAAAACCGUUUGUGUCAUAAUGGAAUGGCUUUUUUUCUUUCAUUUUUUUUUGUCUUACAUUUUAAAUGAUUACAUACCAUUUAUUUUGCAUUUUGAAUAAAAUGACCUACAGGCCUGGUAUCUUUAAUGGCUGCAUUCUUUCUCGUGUUUGUUUCAUUACCUGUGCUGGUGCCAAAACAGAAACCAACUCCAUAAAGUUAGUUCACAAAUUAUAUCUUGGAGUGGCAUGGUGGUGUAGUGCAUAGCUAGCCCUACAGCUUUCACAUUCCAGCUACAGAUCAAAAUCAAAAGUGUGCUGCUCCACUGUUCCACUAAUUAGAAGGGGAUCAAAAAA